CUGGCGGUGCGGGGGGGCGCCGGGAGACCACGCGUUGUGCUCACACCCCCGCCUCCGCCAGCAGUUUAUCCCCCUCGCCGUCGCUGAGUGAUUGCGUCAGCAACCCUUGGGCUGGGGGAACUACCUGUACAGCCCUCUGGGACUCCUGGCCUGCCUGCCAUGACGUCAUAACCCUGCGGAAGUGGACAUCGAAGCUGGCGGGGUUUGAGGGAACCGGGUCCUUGAUGUGAGCCCCAUCACACCUCCUAGCCUCCCUGCCUUUGGAGAAUCUGGGGUAUAGGUGGAAGGUGCAUGUUGGCUUAAGUAAAUCGAGGCAAGCAAAAAGGCCUCCUAUGGCAAAGGGCAGCAUCCCAGCUCCUCACGCACUCACCCACUUUAGGACUGAUGGAGCCCAGAGGGACUAAGAGAGGACCUGGGACGCCAGAGGUAGCUGAGCCACCUAGCAAGAUCCCCCACCCAGCUCCAUCACUGCCUACAGACCCUGCCCUCUAUUCUGGGCCCUUUCCUUUCUACCGGCGCCCUUCUGAACUGGGCUGCUUCUCCCUGGAUGAACAACGCCAGUACCAUGGAGACGCUCGAGCCUUGCGCUAUUACAGCCCACCACCCACCAAUGGUCAAGGCCCGGGCUUUGAUCUCAGAGAUGGAUACCCUGAUCGAUACCAGCCCCGGGAUGAGGCCAUCCAAGAGAGGCUGGACCAUUUGCUACGCUGGCUCCUGGAACACCGAGGCCAGCUGGAGGGGGGUCCAGGCUGGCUGGCAGGGGCCAUAGUGACAUGGCGGGGACACCUGACAAAAUUGCUGACGACACCGUAUGAGCGACAGGAGGGCUGGCAGCUGGCAGCUACCCGGUUCCAGGGGACACUGUACCUGAGUGAAGUAGAGACACCAGCUGCUCGGGCUCAGAGGCUUUCCCGGCCUCCCCUCUUACGGGAGUUCAUGUAUAUGGGGUACAAGUUCGAGCAGUACAUGUGUGCAGACAAACCUGGAAGUUCCCCGGAUCCCUCUGGGGAGGUUAACACCAACGUGGCCUUCUGCUCUGUACUACGCAGCCGCCUAGGGAACCACCCCCUGCUCUUCUCGGGGGAGGUAGACUGCACAGACCCCAAGGCCCCAUCCCCACAGCCCCCCACCUGCUAUGUGGAGCUCAAGACCUCCAAAGAGAUGCACAGCCCUGGCCAGUGGAAGAACUUCUACAGACACAAGCUGCUGAAAUGGUGGGCUCAGUCAUUUCUCCCAGGGGUCCCAAAUGUUGUGGCUGGCUUCCGCAACCCAGAGGGUUUCGUCUGUUCUCUCAAGACCUUUCCCACCAUGAGGAUGUUUGAAUACGUCAGGAAUGACCACGAUGGCUGGAAUCCUUCUGUGUGCAUGAACUUCUGUGCUGCCUUCCUUAGCUUUGCUCAGAACACAGUUGUCCAGGAUGACCCCAGGCUUGUCCACCUCUUCUCCUGGGAGCCUGGCGGUCCAGUCACAGUGUCUGAACAUCGAGAUGCACCCCAUGCCUUCCUGCCCGAGUGGUACGUGGAAGCCAUGACCCAGGACCUCCCAUCACCCAAGACACCCUCCCCCAAGGACUGACUGAAGCCUCAGAGGGGCUGGACCUGUCUGUGUACACAGAUAAAGGCGUAUUUCUAAG